UUGCUCCCCGACACUGCUGUUCUCCUGAGGCAGAUGGAUCCUGAAAUGGAUGCUGGAAUCCUCAAGUGGUUCACGGAAAGCAAUGCAGAGGUUAAGGUGAAGAUGUCACAGGUUAAACAGGUUGGACUUCUGGCCGCUGGCUGUCAGCCAUGGAACAAAGAUGUUUGUGUUGCCAGUGGAGACCGAUUUGCUUAUUGUGCUACACUGGCUAUUUAUGUCUACCAGCUCGAUCACAGGUACAACGAAUUCAAGCUCCAUGCGAUCAUGUCUGAGCACAAGAAGACUAUCACGGCCAUCUCUUGGUGCCCUCACAGCCCCGACACCUUCGCCAGUGCCAGUGCGGACAACCUUGUCAUUAUUUGGAAUGUGGCGGAACAGAAGGUGAUAGCGAGACUGGACAACACCAAAGGGAUUCCUGCUUCCCUCAGUUGGUGUUGGAACUCGGGUGAGGCGGUGGCAUUUGUCUCUCACCGAGGUCCAUUGUACAUCUGGACUAUCUCUGGACCAGACUGUGGGGUUGCAGUCCAUAAGGAGGCACACAGCUUCCUGUCAGACAUCUGUCUGUUCAGGUGGCAUCCUAGAAAGAAAGGGAAGGUGGUUUUUGGACACACAGAUGGGAGCCUGUCCAUCUUUCAGCCUGGUACCAAGAGUCAGAAGCACGUGCUCAGGCCGGAAUCCCUGGAGGGCACGGACGAAGAGGAUCCGAUCACAGCUCUGGAGUGGGAUCCGCUCUCCACUGACUAUCUGCUGGUGGCCAAUCUACACAAUGGAAUCCGCCUGGUCGAUUCAGAGUCACUGUCCUGCAUCACCACCUUCAGUUUCCCCAGCGCAGCUGCUUCCGUGCAGUGUUUGGCCUGGGUUCCCAGCGCUCCAGGCAUGUUUAUAACUGGAGAUUCCCAAGUCGGGGUCCUGCGUAUAUGGAACGUCUCAAGAACAACGCCAAUAGAUAAUUUCAAGUUGAAGAAAACAGGGUUUCACGCUUUACAUGUGCUGAAUUCCUCACCAAAGAAAAAAUGCUAUUCUGCACAUUCACCAUCCAAGAACCACCACACAUCGUCGACCAGUGAAGCCAUACCUCCUCCAACCCUCUCUCAAAACCAAGCCUUUUCCCUGCCUCCUGGGCACGCCGUUUGUUGCUUUAUGGAUGGCGGUGUGGGCCUGUAUGACAUGGGAGCCAAGAAAUGGAACUUCUUGAGAGAUUUGGGUCACGUGGAAACAAUCUUCGACUGUAAGUUUAAACCGGAUGACCCCAACCUUCUAGCCACAGCAUCAUUUGAUGGAACCAUUAAAGUGUGGGAUAUAAACACCUUGACAGCAGUUUACACUUCACCUGGUAAUGAGGGAGUCAUCUACUCCCUGUCGUGGGCUCCAGGUGACCUAAACUGCAUCGCAGGUGCAACUUCCCGCAACGGAGCUUUCAUAUGGGACGUGAUUAAAGGAAAAACUAUUACUAGAUUCAAUGAGCAUGGAAAAAAUGGUAUUUUCUGCAUUGCUUGGAGCCACAAAGAUUCCAAACGGAUUGCGACAUGUAGUGGGGACGGCUUCUGCAUCAUUCGAACAAUCGAUGGGAAAGUUCUCCACAAGUAUAAGCAUCCAGCUGCUGUUUUUGGCUGUGAUUGGAGCCAGAAUAAUAAAGAUAUGAUUGCCACUGGCUGUGAGGACAAGAAUGUUCGGGUUUACUACUUAGCAACCAGUUCCGACCAACCACUGAAGGUUUUCACAGGACACACUGCUAAAGUCUUUCAUGUCAGGUGGUCACCGCUGAGGGAAGGCAUCCUCUGCAGUGGUUCUGAUGACAGCACUGUUAGGAUCUGGGACUAUACACAGGAUGCCUGCAUCAAUAUCCUAAGUGGACAUAAAGCACCGGUGAGAGGUCUGCUGUGGAACACAGAAAUCCCAUACCUUCUGAUAUCGGGCAGCUGGGACUACACUAUCCGUGUCUGGGACACAAGGGAUGGAACCUGUCUGGACACUGUGUAUGAUCAUGGUGCAGAUGUUUAUGGCCUGACCUGUCAUCCCAACAGGCCCUUCACCAUGGCAUCUUGUUCUCGAGACUCCACUGUGAGGCUGUGGUCGUUAACACCCCUAAUUUCUCCUCUCCAAAUAAACAUUCUGGCUGAACAACAGUGGGAGGAGAUAAUUGGGAACACAGAUCGAGCAAUGGCAUCGGGUGCACCUCCUCUGCUCUGCGGGAAAGUGUCCCGGGAUAUCAAACAGGAGCUGGAUAAGCUUACGAGCAACGUGCGGAUAAAGAAACUGAGGUGGUUCUCUGAAUGCUUUUCACCUCCAGGCGGCAGUAAGAACCUCUGGGACUUGGUGGCCGUGUUAACAGACCAGGAUGACAGCCUACUUCCACAGAACUACUGUAAAGGAAUAAUGCACAUGAAACAUCUGGUCAGAUUCAAAACGUCUAAAGCUCAGGAGUUAACGACUGUAAAGAUGUCGAAGUUCGGAGGUGGAAUUGGUGCACCAAGCAAGGAAGAAAGGCUGAAGGAGGCAGCUGAGAUCCACCUGCGACUGGGUCAGAUCCAGAGAUACUGUGAACUAAUGGUGGAGCUUGGAGAGUGGGAUAAGGCUCUGUCAGUUGCACCCGGCGUGUCAAUGAAAUACUGGAAGAAACUGAUGCAAAGGAGAUCCGAUCAGCUGAUUCAGGAAGGAAAUGAUGAAGUCAUCCCAUAUUGCAUUGCAACUGGAGAUGUGAAGAAACUGGUGACCUUUUUCACAUCUCGAGGCCAACUCAAAGAAGCGCUAUUGGUUGCUCAGGCAGCCCAGGAAGGGAACAUUCAAGGACCACAUACCUCAGCACUGAAUGGAGCGGCAGGUGGUGAGUCGAAUAACAAGCCAGAAGAGUACAACGACUUGCUACACAGAGUGAGUAAGGAGCUGGCAGAGUGGUACUUCCAGGAUGGACGAGCAGUGCUGGCUGCGUGUUGCCACCUCGCAGUGAAUGAUAUUGAGCUUGCGAUGUCAAGCCUGAUCCGUGGAAACGAGCUGGAAUUGGCGGUUUGUGUGGGGACGGUACUGGGAGAGAGUGCCAUGCCUGUGACAAACUAUGCUCUGGAACUGCUGGCCCGGAAGUGUAUGUUAGCAACAACAUGCUUUCCAUUUGUUGGACACAGGGACCUUGCGGCUGAUCUACUGACCAUGAUCCCCGACAGUGAGCUGUUGUUGGUCAAACUCUGUGCGUUCUACGCAGGAGCCACUGCAGAAGUGAACGAUCUUCACGAGAAGUGUCACCUACCAACCACAGAGGAAUGUUUACAAUUUGCGGAAAUGUAUCACAGUGAAGGGGAGAUAUUCCAAGCAGUAAAAUAUUAUUUAUUGAGUCCUGUGCCUGAGAAAGCACUUGCCAUUGGACUUCUUUACGUUAAAGAACAGCUCAGUCGUUCUGACUGGAGCCUGGACUCUGUCCAUGGAAUCUUGGACCUGCUCAGCUACAUCCGCACUGACCGGCUGAUGCUGCACAAGUGUAGUGAGGCUCGAAAUGAGUUGCUUAUAUUCUGUGGCUACAUUGCUGCGCUGUUGGCUAUCAGAAGGCAGUACAACAGUAUUGUACCUGCACUUUAUGAGUACACCAGCCAGCUCUUGAAGCGUAGAGAGGUAACUGUCCCAACCAAGAUCGAGGACUUAUCGGCGGAGCUAGAUGGCUGGAGAGCAUGCACACAGUCAACCAGCAAGUUUGAGGACUUACCAUACACCCCUCCUUCUGAAUCUCAAAGAGAGGCAUACAGCAUUUUACUAAAUAGGAUUAAAGAGGAACCCAUCAAAGGACUUAUCGGCCCUGAUUAUGUCACAGGUUCUAAUCUUCCCAGCCACUCAGAUGUCCACAUCUCCUGCCUCACAGGUUUGCGGAUACAGGGGCCAGUGUAUUUCCUUGAGGAUGGGAAAUCAGCAAUCUCUCUUAAUGAUGCACUAAUGUGGGCAAAAGUCAAUCCUUUUUCCCCCUUAGGAACAGGAAUACGACUGAAUCCAUUUUGAUUGGAACCUUAGUGGAUCACUCCUUCAGUUCUGGCUGCGCCAGCCAUGAGUUACCAAUGUACAAAUGCUCAUGGCGUUCAUCUGAAAUUAUUCUCCUCACUAUGAGAUAGAGAUGCAAAACGACCCAGGUAUGCAUAUGCAAAAUCACCAGAAGUACUGCCAGAAGUUAACAAGGUCAGAAAGAAUCCAAGCAAAGCACUGAUACUCCUUGAAUACACCUGAGAAGCAGAGAAAUGUGUAUUAGGAAGUGGAAUACCGAAGAUGGUGGAAGUUCAAAUUCAAAGCAGAUAAUGCUGACCAUAUGCACUAGGUCAUGUUGCCUCUGUAGAGAGAGAAAAUGUUUCAGAUGAAUAAACUCUUAUCAAUAACUCGUGCAUCACAAGAUUAAUUGUUCUUGAUCCUUACCCAACCUUUUUGCUGGAUGUCUGCAGCUGAUGGCAGGAUCACAUUUAAAUAAAAUGACCUAAAUGGUCAUUGGGGCUCACUCCUACACUGUUGACAAUCAAUAUUACGUUUCUAAUAUGAAUUGAGACCAGUUAGGUGAGAAAAUGAAAGACAUUCUGGGCCUGAAUCCAUGUAUAAUUGUAAGGAGUCAAUGUCAAUGGGAUAUGGAGGGGGGUGGUGAGGAGAUUGGAGAAAACGGGAAUCUGGAAGAUAGUGCCCCAUGUCAUCUGUCCUUGAUUUCAGUGGAUGCAAAUUCUUCCUAAUACCUCUUGUCUCUAUCUAACCUGGAGGGCUUUAUCCAACUGAAUACCACAACCUCCUUACAAUGACAGAAAUUGAGCUCGGGUGUUCUGUUAAUUAACACAUCAUUCAGGAUUUUGCUCCACAUUUGGAAUAGUAUCUAAGCUGUGAAUUAUAUUUCUUCGACAGCAGAAUUUUAAGGCAGCAGUCACACUGAGCUGAAUGUUGGGAUGUGCACAUCAUUGGCAAGGCUAGUACUUAACAUCUCUAUAACCACGGCAGCCCUUCUGAUGAUAGUUCCACAGUGUUGUUGCAAGGAGAGUUCUAGGAUUUAGACCACACAACAAUAAAGGAGCAGUGAUGUCAGGAUGGAGUGUAACUUGCAUGGGAACCCGUAGGUGGUGAAAUUCCAAGGUGCGAGUUGCCAUUGUUGCUUGAGGUUUAUCUUUGACAGUAACUGGGUAAGUAACUGCAGUGCAUUUUGUAGAUAGCACACACUUCAGUUAUUUAUGGUGAUGGGUGGGAUGUCAGUCAAGUGGGCUGCUUUAUCUUGGAUGAUGCUGAGCUCCCUGAGUGUUGUUGGAACUGCACUCAUCCACGAAAUUGGAGAUUAUUCAAUCAGACAACUCAGUUGUGGCUUUUUGAUGCUGAAAAAGGCUUUGCGGAGGUGAGUCACUCACUGCAGGAUACCCAGCCUCUGGUAUGCUCUUGUGCCACGGAUCUAGUUGAGUUUCUGGUCAACGGUAAACCAUUGAAUGUUGAUGGUGGGGGACUAAGGGCUGGUGGUGCCAUCAAAUAUCAAGGGUAGGUGCUUAGACUCUCAUACUGUUGAAAAAUAUCAUUGCCUGGAAUGAGGCAUGAAAUUUAUUUUCACUUAUAAGGAUCUUUGAGUCCUCGUUGUCCACGGGGAUGGUGGCAGAGGAUUGGAGGGUUGCGAAUGUUGUCCCCUUGUUCAAAAAAGGUAAUAGGGAUAGGCCAGGGAAUUAUAGACCGGUGAGUCUAACGUCUGUGGUGGGUAAGCUGUUAGAAAGGAUUCUAAGGGAUAGGAUUUAUGAACACCUAGAGAAUCAUGGACUGAUUAGGGACAGCCAGCAUGGCUUUGUGAAGGGAAGAUCUUGUCUCACAAGCCUGAUAGAGUUCUUUGAGGAGGUGACCAGGAAGAUUGAUGAGGGCAGUGCGGUGGAUGUGGUUUACAUGGAUUUUAGUAAGGCGUUUGAUAAGGUUCCUCAUGGUAGGCUUCUUCAGAAGGUCAGAGGCCGAGGGAUCCAAGGAAGCUUGGCUGUGUGGAUUAGGAAUUGGCUUGCAUGUAGAAAGCAGAGGGUUGUGGUGGAAGGAGUGCCCUCGGAUUGGAAGGCAGUGACUAGUGGUGUCCCACAGGGAUCGGUUCUGGGACCUCUACUUUUUGUGAUAUUUAUAGAUGACUUAGAUGAGGGGGUGGAGGGCUGGGUUAGUAAGUUUGCGGACGACACUAAGAUAGGCGGUGUUGUGGAUAGUAUGGAGGGCUGUCAGAGCUUACAGAGGGAUAUUGAUAGGAUGCAGAGCUGGGCUGACAAGUGGCAGAUGGAGUUCAAUCCGGAGAAGUGUGAGGUGGUACACUUUGGAAGGACAAACUCCAGGGCAGAGUACUGGGUAAAUGGCAAGGUACUUGGCAGUGUGGAGGAGCAGAGGGAUCUAGGGGUUCAUAUUCACAGUUCAUUGAAAGUUGCCUCACAGGUGGAAAGAGCAGUUAAGAAGGCCAAUGGGAUGUUGGCUUUCAUAAGUCACGGGACUGAGUUUAAGAGCCGCGAGGUGAUGAUGCAGCUUUACAAAACUCUAGUUAGGCCACACUUAGAGUACUGUGUUCCGUUCUGGUGGCCUCAUUAUAGGAAGGAUGUGGAGGCGUUGGAGAGGGUGCAGAGGAGAUUUACCAGGAUGCUGCCUGGAUUAGAGAGUAUUGAAUAUGAGGAGAGGCUUAAGGUGCUAGGGCUUUAUUCACUGGAAAGGAGGAGGAUGAGAAGAGACAUGAUAGAGGUAUAUAAAAUACUGAGAGGAACAGAUAGAGUAGACAGUCAGCGCCUCCUUCCCAGGGCACCAAUGCUCAAGACAAGAGGGCAUGGCUUUAAGGUUAUGGGUGGGAAGUUCAGGGGAGAUGUCAGGGGGAGGUUUCUCACCCAGAGAGUGGUUGGUGCAUGGAAUGCACUGCCUGGGGUGGUGGUGGAGGCAGAUACAUUGAACAGGUUCAAGAGCUUGUUGGAUAGGCAUAUGGAGGAGUGUGGGAUGGGGGGAUAUGCGGGAGGAAGGGGUUAGGUAGUGUGAAGGUGGUUUGAU